AUGGUGCUGCCUCUUUCACUUCUGAAGACCGCUCAAAAUCAUCCGAUGCUCGUAGAGCUGAAAAAUGGAGAAACCUACAAUGGACAUUUGAAGGCUUGCGAUGCAUGGAUGAACAUUCACCUCGUUGAUGUCAUUUUCACAUCCAAGGACGGAGACAAAUUUUUCAAAAUGUCAGAAGCCUACGUUCGUGGUUCUACUAUCAAGUAUCUCAGAAUUCCAGAAACGGUGGUUGAUCUCGUCAAAACAGAAGUCAAUGAAGUCCGUCGCCAGCAACAACGGGAGCAAUCCCGAGGACGUGGUGGCGGUCGAGGCGGUCGUGGAGGACACCGUGGUGGUGGUGGCGGAAACCGAGGCGGACGUGGAGGUGCUCGAUAA